AUCAUUAUGUCCAGUUGGUUUAUCGAUUGUUGUGUAAUGAAUUAUUACCUGAUAAUAAUAUGAUAACAACUGUUGCCCUGGGCGAUGCUGAUUAAUACCUUUACUAUGACUCCCUAAUAGUAUAUUUUUGUUUUCACUUGAUCGAUCUUAUCAUCAUUGUCAUCCUUUCUCCCUCUUUUCUUUUGUAUUAUAUGUCUCUCUCUCUCUAACUCUCUCAACCGGCUCUUUUUGCUUCCCCUAUCUUAUUAAUAAUAGCUCUUUCUAUCUCACUCACUCAUUUCCAUCAUCAUAAUGAUUGCUUUUUGAUAUUUUCACCUUUUCUCAUGCUGACCAAUGGUAAAAUGUUGUUAUACUAAUGAGAAACAAAGCAAAUUCCCAAAUCAAAAAGUAUUUAAUAUUUAACAUGUCCAGUCAUUUAUUCAAUUGACCAGUUCCAAUUGAUGAUCAGUUUGAUCAUGAUUUGGGUGCGCUGAUUGUUGACCAAUGCAGAGUUCAAUUAGCUCACCAUUAACAACAACCAAAACAUCAUCAACAACAACAACAUCAUCUACUACCUCAUGCAAUCGGAUUUUCUGUGAAAAAUCAACACAAAUUGGUGAAAAUGACGUUGAUAUAAUUAAACUACAACAACAAUUUGCUCUCACCAGUAAUCAACAUCAACAAUUACCAAGCAAAAAUUAUGUUGGCCUCAUGUUACCCCAAUGGUAUCGACCCAAAGCUCCGUCAACUUUACUUAGACGACGAACCCGAUCAAAACAAUGGGUUACCUAUGAAGUUGAAGUUAAUCCAGGUCGCAAAAAGUUAAUCAACAAGACAAUCAAUGUAUCAUCAACAAUUAACAAUCAACUGGAGUCAAAAAAAGAGUCAACCAAAAUCAAUUCACUUCAAAACAGUUUGAUUAAUCCAGUCAAUCUUAAUCAGAUUAAAUCUUCUAGUACCAAUGCUAGAAAAGGAUCGAUGCCAAGAUAUCACCUUAUGAAAGGUUUUGUGUCCGAUGUUGAUGAUAAUACCGAUGGUCAAGGAGUCGAUAAUGGUAUCGAUGAUACCGAACCCCAGCAAAAGGUUAAAUUAGCUGUAUUGUUGUUGAUGAUUCCAUCAAUUGUUGUAAUGUUUUAUUCACAAACUAAAUUCCGACGAGAAUCAAAUGUUGUUGGUGAUUUAUCAGGCCUUGGAUUACCUCACAAUUAUCUGUCCAACGGUUUGGGUCCAGGGUCAUUUGGGUCAAGAGAUUUCACCUCAAAGUUUAAUCCACUUCAUGAUUAUCAAAUGAAAUCAGAGCAAACUAAUGAUUAUGAUCCGUUUGACAAUCUUCACUAUCAUCAACAACCCAAAACUAAUCACAAUCAUGAUCAAAUUAAACACGAGAAAAAUAAAGACCAUACAUUUGAUGAGUUAUCAAAGAUGAAUACUGAACAAUCAGCUAAUAGUAACAAUCAAGAAAAUAACAACAAUCAAGCUAACCAAAAGGAGACAAUUAAAUCAACUGUGAUCGUUGAGGGUAAGGAUAAGGAUACCAAUGAUUACGAUGAAUCAACUAGUGAAUCUAAAUUGAUGCGAAUCAAGAUCAACAAUUUGAAAAUCAAUUCGGACUAUAAGGUGAUCAUCUAUGAGAAUGCUAAUCAAUUUAACAAUUAUAAUCAUUUAUCAACAAGUGAAUCAAUGUUUUCUCAUUGUCCAAAUGAACAUGAAAAACUUUGCCUCAUAACAAAUGAUAUUAACCUAAUUAAUAUAAGUGAUGCCAUUAUUUUCACUGACCAUCACCUCCAUCCAAAUGAACAAUUAACCCAAACAAUUGUUAAUAAUCAUUUGAUUAGCAUAUUUUACUCAUUAUCUCCAAUUGAAUGGUCAAAAUCAUUACAAUCUAAAUUCAAUUUAACAUUAACUUAUCAUUAUCAGGCCAAUAUAACUUAUCGUCCAGUUUUGGUUGAAAAAAAGUUAAUAGAUGGCGUCAGGGAACAGAAUCAAGAUAAUACUGACCAACGUAAUGGUCAAUCAAGUGAUAAAAUUAAUGAAACUAAUGAAUCUGCAUUUGAUUUAUGGAGGAAUAAGAGGAAAUUGGUUCUAAUUGUUACAUCUGAUUGUAAUAUUGAUCAAGAGUUGAUUACUUUUGCAACGAUAAUGGAAAGACUUGGAAUUGAUAUUGACCUGGUCAGUUUAUGUGAUAAAAAGGUUUGUCCAUCUUUAAUUGAUGAUAAAUCAUUGGAAUUGUGUUUUAAAUCAAUUGCUGAACCAUAUCUGUUUCUGUUUGAUUGGCAAUCGUUAAUUUGUCCACAAUUUGUUUCUCCAUUUGUUUAUCUUGCCCUUUCAACUAAUUUAAUUCCAAUUGUUGCCCAUCCGAUUAUAUUUAACGAGGAUGAUUACAAUUUACCGAAAAGUUCAUUCAUUAAUUCACUUCAUUUCUCAACUCUCCAUGAACUCGGUGAUCAUCUCAAUCUAAUUGCCUCCGAUCUAAAUCAAUACUCAACUUAUAUCCAAUGGAAACAGACCCAUGAGAUUUCAUUAGCUCGAAAUGAUUUAUGUCACCUUUGUUCAGUUCUUCAUGGUGAUCAGUCAGUUCUCAAUUCACAGCACAUUCUUAACGAUAAACUAACUCAUCCUAAAGAUAAUCAUGAGAAACAAUCAGUAAAUCAACAGUGUGUUUAUUGGAAAAAUGUAUACACGUUUACUGAACUUAAACAGAAUCUGAAUAAAUGAGAAAUAAAAUCGUCAUGAAAAUUUGAA